CUGAUUCCUGCGGAGCCAUUUUGUCUACAGUAAUAAUACAUUCUCAAAUAAACCGGAAUCACGAGCGCAAAAAAAAAAAAAAAAAAAAAAAAAAAAAAAAGCCGAGAGGGGAGAACGCGGGGAAGGACGGGAAGGAGCGCAGGGAGCCGCCGAUCAGACAUGAGCAGCUGACGGAUCGGAGCCUUUCGUUCGCUUCUGGGUGCCGAGACAGAGAAGGAGGCGGAAACGGACUGAUGUGCUCAAGAUUAGGAGGCUGACAAUCACUUCACUUCUCCUUUUAGGCGCGAGCCCGGCGGUCGGUCGGUCGGUCGGUCCGGCAUGUCCCACUCGGACCCGUGUGCGUAGACUCGAACGAAGCAAGCCAGGCAAGCGGGUCGGAUUCACACACGGACGGGUUAGCGAUGCGUUCGGGUUCCGUGUGGGGAAGCGCGCCGCUUUGAUGGCUCUUUAAUUCGCCGAGAGGCGACCAAGUGACACGUUGACAGCUCCGCACGUUGACGCUCGGCGGUCGCGCUGUUACUUUGUAUCGACACGCGCUCCGUCUCCGUCUGCCGUUCCGUUCCGCUCCGCUCCGCUCGCGACGCCCCGAUAAACAUCUUCAAACGGUCUGCUUUGUCGGUACUUCUGUGAACCCGGUUUCGCUUUGCUACACUGGCCCGGGGGAAGCAGGAAUAUUAUUUAGCAUUAUCAUAUUGCUGCUGCUGCUGCUCCUUUAACCGGAUGAGCGAGUCAGCUGGACAUCUGACCAUCCGCGAACCACAGGAUUAGUCACAUUUUUCACUAGGUAGUAUUUGCUGCAUGUUUUCUCAGUCCGUGAGGGUGUCCGUCUUUUUCCAGGCGUUUAAGAGAGAGCAUCUCUCCUUCUCCUCCUCCUCCUCCUCAUCAUCAUCAUCAUCAUCGUCAUAAUUUGUUAAGGAAUUCCGCCGGAUCGUUAGUCCACGUCCACGAUGUCGGGACAGUCCAUCACGGAUCGGAUCACGGCGGCUCAGCACAGCAUGACCGGCUCGGCCAUCAGCAAGGCGGUGUGCAAGGCCACGACGCACGAAGUGAGCGGACCGAAGAGGAAGCACCUCGACUAUCUGAUCCACUGCACCAGCGAGAUGAACGUGAACAUCCCCCAGAUGGCUGACACACUCUUCGAGAGGACGGCCAACAGCAGUUGGGUGGUGGUGUUCAAGGCCCUCAUCACCACUCACCACCUCAUGAUGUACGGCAAUGAGAGGUUCAUCCAGUAUCUGGCCUCCAGAAACACACUCUUCAACUUGAACAACUUCCUGGACAAAGGCGCGUUGCAAGGCUACGACAUGUCCACCUUCAUCAGGCGCUACAGCCGGUACCUGAAUGAGAAGGCGCUCUCCUACAGGCUGGUGGCCGUCGACUUCACGAAAAUGAAAAGGGGCGUCGACGGAGUGAUGCGCACCAUGAACACGGAGAAGUUGCUCAAGACUUUGCCGAUCAUCCAGAACCAGCUGGACGCGUUGCUGGACUUCCAGGCCAACCCCAACGAGCUCACCAACGGGGUGAUCAACGCCGCCUUCAUGCUCCUCUUCAAGGACUCCAUCCGCCUGUUCGCUGCCUACAACGAAGGAGUCAUCAACCUGCUCGAGAAAUAUUUUGAUAUGAAGAAGAACCAGUGCAAAGACGCCCUGGACAUUUAUAAGAGAUUUCUCCUCCGGAUGACCAAGUUGUCCGAGUUCCUUAAAGUAGCCGAGCAAGUUGGAAUUGAUCAGGGUGACAUCCCUGAUCUGACCCAGGUCAGUGCUCCCAGCAGUCUCCUGGAGGCCCUGGAGCAGCACCUGGCCUCCCUGGAGGGUAGGAAGAUCAAGGAGUUCUCCGCAGCCAGCAGAGCCAGCACCUUGUCCACGGCCGUGUCCUCGCUGUCCAGCACCGGUGUGUCCAUCAGCCGUGUGGACGAGAAGGAGAAGCAGCAGGCUCUGGAGGAGGAGCAGGCCAGGCUGCAGGCGCUCAAGGACCAACGGUUGAAGGAGAUCCGCAUGCAGACGCCCGGCAGCUCUCCCAGCUCGCAGUCGCUAGGCAACGGCAACGCCAGCCACCACAGUGCCGCCAUGGACCUCCUUUCCAGCCCCGCCCCCGUCCCUGCCCCCGCUCCCCCCGUCAACAGCGUGGCGGACCUGUCCGGCGACCUGUUUGACCUCCAGCCUGCCUUCGUUCCCACGGUGCAGAGCACGCCGUCCAUCUCCACGGUGCCCAGCACUGCCUGGGGAGGUGUGGAGGCCUUUCCCACCCAGCAGAUGGCGCCCAGGGCGGCCAUGAACGUAGAUUUCGAUGCCAUAUUCGGCACUAAUGCAGCCAGUAAUGACGCAGAGCCUGCAGCCGGCGACCUGCUGAAGCCCACAGUGCCCUCGCAGACCCAAGCGCCCGUGCCGCUGUACAGCGGAGGCAAGCUGCUGCCGUCUGACCUGGACGCCUCCCUGGCCAGCCUCGUGGGCAAUCUGCACUUUGGAGGGAUGUCGGCUAAGAAGCCAGACAUGCAGUGGACUCAGCCGGGCGAGAAGAAGCUCACGGGAGGCACCGGCUGGCAGUCGAAGGCCCUGGGUGGCACCGCCACCACAGCCUGGACCCCUGCACCUAUGCCGGCGGCACCCGUCCCUAUAGCACACAUGAAUGGAAUGUUCUAUGCCGGUUAUGCUCCUGCCGCUAUGCCGUUUCCCAUGACGACACCCCAAGUGCCUGUGUAUGGAAUGGUGCCCCCCCAAAUGGGUCAGAUGGGCGGGGUCCCCGUGCUCGCACCCCAGCCCGUCGUGUACAACCAGCCUGUGCUCAGACCCUCGAAUCCCUUCGCUCCCAUGCCAGGUGCUCAGAUGCAGUUCAUGUAGCAUCCCGGGCCUGGUUGUGCGAGGGGGCCGGGCAGGAAACACCACCAAACGAGCCGACGGAGGAGGACCACCGAGCGACACCAAAACCAGGGAGAGAGAGGCUCAGCCAGCAAGACCGGGGGAAGAGCGGUGUGAAGGGCAGGGGGAGGGCGCGUUGGCACCAUUACACCUCCCCCGCAAGCAUCUUCCCCACUGUGGUCUGCACUGGCUCAUCACUUAAAGACUCUACAUCAGUGGGGGUGGGGGGAGGGGUUCUCCACAUCUAUAUGAGUAACAUUACCAGGGUAGGGAAGUGUUUGUCAUUCAGUGAAGGCAAAUGGUCAGUGCUACGUUGGGUUUGUUUUUCUUUCCUGAUGUAUUUGUAUGUCUAGUCUUCUUCUCGUCCUCUACAGAGGACGCUCAAGGCCAUCUCUGUGGACACGAGCACUGAUGAGAGAGUGUCUGGGCUCCAGAGAGAUGCAGAGAGACGUAAAGGGGCCCGAACCCCAGCCUGUGCGCCACCACCUGGUCUCCCAUUCUGGAGUUUUAUCUCCAGUAAAACCCUUGUUUGUCUUCUAGAAGUUGGCUUUACUGAAGCUGUGGAGCUCUGAGCACCUCCUCUGUAUCUGUGUGUGUGUGUGUGUGUGUGUGUGUGUGUGUGUGUGUGUGUGUGUGUGUGUGUGUGUGUCGUCAGUGAGCGCUGCGUCAGGAUCGCGUGACCGGCGCACGUGUUUGUGCCUGUGCGUGUGGGCCUGUUUUUCAGGAACGGUGCCGCUUCCUGGUGAGAUACGGACACCCUGUUUAGAUCAACAUUUGGUUUUAUGUCCCUCCUCGCUUGCCGUCCACUGCUGCUGUACGGUGACUUUGCACAAUUGCGUUAUCGUGACCACGGGAGCUGUUCUGAGUGUAAGCUUGUCUCUAUGAAAAGAGUACGUUCUAUGACGGUAGAAUCUUAAAUAUUCUGCUUACAGAGAGGUGGGGCUUCAGACUCCACCCCUAUAAGGAGGGGCUUUGGGAGUCGCUUAAUCUCCUAUUGGAUGAGAGAGGAGGGGCUUCAGACUCCACCCCAUAAGGAGGGGCUUUGGGAGUGGCUUCAGCUCAUAUUGGAUGAGAGAGGAGGGGCUUCAGACUCCAGCCUUAUAAGGAGGGCCUUCAGGAGUUGCUUUAGCUCCUAUUGGAAGACAGAGGCGGGGCUUAAGGCCUAACCCCUAUUAGUUUUCGGGACAGAGGCGGGGCUUCAAUCUGUGAAGAUUGACACAGCAGCCAUCAGGAGGGGGGGGGGUCGAUGAUCUAGAUUUUUACAAAUGUUUUUGAAAAAUUCAUAUUUUGACAUCUGAAAUGAUAAAUUAACACAUGACUAAUAGUAGAAUAGCAGGACACCCGACCCUUGGAGGACUUUGGAAUUCCAGGAAUCAGUGGAGAUGGUUCUCGUGUGUGUGUGAGAGAGUGAGUUUGUGAGUGAUGCCGUCAUGUGCUUAAACGUGAUACAGAAUCUAAUUCUGUGAGGUGCAAAUUUGUGGUACCUCUUUUUUUCUCUCUUGUUUUUCCGCCCAACACGCGGCUGUCUGGUUUUUGCCCGUCGCCGCCGAGGGAGGCCAGAGGUGACACAGGGCCGCGGGGUUCGGGGAAUCCCUCGUCUCGGAGCGCACGGUCCGUCUUGUGUUGCUGUUUUGGAUGCCCUUUUAAAAAAAAACGCAUGAUUUGUGUGUAGUCCUUGUUUGAGCGUGGGGUCAUCGUGCUGUUCGAUGGUGUGUGGGAAGCAGAAAGGCCAGGCUGUCGGCGAGACCCGGAAAACUGACAAGGCCGAGCUGUGGUCUUUGUCUACCUUCUAGUAGCUUCCAUUGUAACCCACCGUAGCGAUUACUGGCUGACUGGGUAGCUGGAUUCUGCUCAUCAGGUCAUACACAAUGAUGUCAUUCAUGUCGAAAAGAUCAAUGUGUGUGUUCUUUAAAUAUGUGUGGUGAAGUAGCCCCACUCUUAAUGUCUAUAUUCAGUGAUGCUGUGUUUGCCUUUAUUUCUGUUUUUCACUCUGGGGUUUAUUUGGACUCUCUAGCCCCGUCUGUCGGCUGCAGAGUGUCCUGCAGUUGUAUUUGGAUGAUCUGUUGUGUUGCUGAUGCUGAGUCUUCACCCUCAUCCUUUUGGGAAGCUCUGGGCCGCUGGCGCAGGCCUCUCUCGGCAGUCUGGAGCGCAGUCCUGGCCCGACGCUGGGGGGUCUGGCCUGAUCUCAGUGGGGAGAGGGAGAGCGAGAGAGAGAGAGAGAGACGGCCCGCACAUUUUGGAGGAUCUGAAUCGCUGUCCGCCUGCCAAGUUUAAAAAAAAAAAAAAAAAAAAA